UUGAAGUUUGCAGUCUGCACUUUGUUUUCAUUUUCCUGAUUUUCUUUAUUUUGUGUAAUUUUUUUACUAAAAAAAUUGAAAUUUUUCUAAAAAUGGAUAUUCUAAAAGCUGAAAUAGCACGAAAACGUAAACUCCUAGAAGACAAGCAAGUUAUGGGUGAAAAGAAGUAUUAUCGUCGAGGCGAUUUAAAUGCCAAAAAUACUGAAGAAAUUCUACAAAAAAUCGGCUAUAAAGCUGCCGAAUUAGAAAAUAAAACAGAUGCUUCACAAGAAGGAAAUAGUAACAUACACAAAAACGUCUCUGAGACGAACAUUUUACCUCGAGCCGAAGUCAUUCGUCGUCUUCGUGAACGAGGUGAGCCAAUUUUCCUAUUCGGCGAAUCAGAAAUUGAAUCUUUUCAAAGAUUACGUUAUUGUGAAAUCUCACAGCCAGAAACAAAUCGUGGCUUUCGAAAUGAUUUCCAAGAAGCUUUGGAACAAGUCGAUCAGGCUUAUUUAAAUGAAAUGUUUGCCAAUGCUCCCACAGCCAAAGUUGAAAAGCAAACAGAUGAAGCUGAGAUAGAUGACUCAGUUAGUUGGGAGUCUAUUCAUGAAAUGGCUAAAACAAUGGGUCGAGGGAAUAAAGAACACGAUAUGGAUGUGAUUAUUACUCUUCUAACUUUCCUCUUGAAACUCUGGAAUGACCAAAUUACAUCUUAUUCCGCUCAAGAAAAACAAUCGACAAAAGUCAAAAUGGCUAGAGUAAUCUACACACAAACUAAAGAAUACGUAAAACCGUUGUUUCGAAAAUUAAAACAUAAAAACUUGCCGGAUGAUAUUUUGGAUAGUUUGAGAGAUAUUACAAAACAUUUGUUGUCGAGAAAUUACAUUCACGCGAGUGAUGCGUAUUUGGAAAUGGCUAUUGGCAAUGCUCCAUGGCCAAUUGGAGUGACUAUGGUUGGUAUUCACGCGCGUACUGGGCGGGAGAAGAUUUUCUCGAAGAACGUAGCGCAUGUAAUGAAUGACGAAACACAGAGGAAGUAUAUUCAGGGAUUGAAAAGAUUGAUGACCAAAUGUCAGGAAUAUUUUCCAACAGAUCCGUCAAAGUGUGUGGAAUAUGUGAGCAAGAAAGAUCAGGAUCAAAAUUGAGGAUUUGAUAAAUUAAUUCUUUUAGUUUGUAGGACAAUAUAAAAAAAAAAUACAA